CGCGCUGAACCCCGCGGCGGAGCUGCGGAGACGACGCGGGGAAACGGCGGAGGUAACGGCGGAGGCUGCUCGUCUGAAGAAGUUGAACUGAACAAGUUCUUGUAGUGGGGAGCGCUUUAAUCUCAAUAAUGAAGAAAAGCCGCAGUGUCAUGGCAGUGACUGCAGAUGAGAAUGCUCUGGAUUACCUGGAGUGUGGGCUGAGCAAGUCCUACAGUACUUCCAGCCAUGCUCUGGGCAUAGACCUCUGGAGAGGAAGAAGGUGCUGUUCUGGCAACCUGCAGUUACCACCACUGUCCCAAAGACAAACAGAGAAAGCGAGGACACCUGACAGAGACAUCGUCUGUAGGCCAACAACUCUGCCCUUGUUGGCACCUCCAAGUAUUGCAAUCACCACUUACCAAGACUGCUUCGAUGUGGAAAAUGGCCCUUCUCCUGGUCGCAGCCCGCUGGACCCACAGGCCGGCUCCUCCUCAGGGUUGGUGCUGCACACCACCUUCCCCGGGCACAGCCAGCGCCGGGAGUCCUUCCUCUACCGCUCAGACAGCGACUACGACCUGUCACCAAAGACCAUGUCCAGGAACUCCUCUCUCCCAAGCGAACAGCACGGAGAUGACCUGAUCGUCACACCUUUCGCACAGGUGCUGGCCAGCUUGCGGAGCGUGAGGAACAACUUCACGCUGCUCACCAAUUUGCACGGGACGGCCAACAAGAGAUCUCCUGCAACGAGUCAGCCACCUGUCUCCAGAGUGAACCUGCAAGUGGCCGAAAGGAGCUCUUUGGGUGGAUGAGGCGCAGCACUUCCAGGCACCAUCCCUGAGGUUCUUCUUCCGUUUCCUACCCAGCAUUUGUUUCACUCUGCUCACAGGACCUUCACUCUCACAGAAUAUGCAGAACAUUGGAUUUAUUAACCCGGUUCAAAACCUGUUUUCGUGGCUGUGGUUGGGUAUGUGGAUGGAAACAUCAUCUUCUGCGGCCUUUUUUCCCUUUGUUGAACUAAGGCAGUUGUGCUGCUCUCCUGCCCAGGUAGUCCCUUCCUUGUUAGCCUGUUGUGAAGGUCCACUCAUGGUUUCCCAAGGAGUGUCAGAGCUUCAGCAGGGCUGCAGGCACUCGGUUUGCACAGGGCUGAGAGAAGAGGUCCCCCACCACCUGCAUGCUGCUGGGGGCACGGCCAGGAGCCCCUCAAUGCACACCACGGCACGUGGCACCGCAGCAGCGCCAGGCUCACCACCAGGAGCCGGCUCCCGCACCGGAAGCUGUCUAGCCACAACAGCACAGGAUGGUGCCCCACCUAAUUAAGCCUGUUGAAAGGCAGGGCUAAUUAGUUUAGGUGGAGCGCCUUGUUAGCAGUGUUGCUUCCAGGAUCCAAGUUGGUUUCCCUGCACGUGUGAGCUUAGCAGCCCUCUCUGCACCAGCCCACAUGCGCCACAUGAGAUAAUGCGCCGCACGGCGCUGCUAAGUCCUAAGUGGGCAGCUGGGUAAUUUCAUAAUCACAUCCUUAAUUUUCAGUGUCUUUCUCACACUUGUGUGCUCACAUGCACGCCAUGUGCUCAGGAAAAGCACACUUGUAGUCACACCGCCAAGCAUUCAUCUCACUGCAGUCUGGCCUUCUCUUGUUUAGCCAGGCAGGCAGCAACACAACCUGGGCUCCCCGUGGUGCACAAGAAGCUGGAAUUGGGGUUUAGAUCCUCUUCCUCAGUUCUGGGUCUGGGUUGGAUGUUCUUUCUGCAGCCCUUCUAUACCAUCUUCAUUUCUUGGGGCGAUUCCCCUGAUAGAAACUGGCUUUCAGAUGGCACCAUGGCCCUUGAAGGACCGUGGCACACAGAGGAGGGAUGGGGGUUCACAUUUGUAAUGGCCCUGGUAACCAUGAUCUGUCUUCAGAAACUCAUUCAAGGUAUUUACUUCCUUACAAAACGUCAACAGAAAAAUCAUUUUCAGCAUUCCUCCUACAGCUCUCUCCUGUAUGAGUAUCAGCAGCCUUCAGCACUUUGUUACCCUGUGGAGGGGAGGUACCCUCUGCUGUCAUAUCCUGUGGUUAAGGCUGGUCAACAAGGAAUCGAGCCUGCUCAGUAAAAUGACAAAAUGCCAAACCGUGUGGUUGCUCCCCAAGGUGAGGAUGGAGCUGAGCAAUCUCUCCUGUUGGUUCAAGAGGCCAAGAUUAGAUCCUGCCCCUCUUGCCGUUUCUGCUUCCCCCUGUCCCCGGACUGAAGAAUUCCUGCUAUGCAGGCAAAUCCCAUUCCCAAAUUCCCCCAUGAUAUCACUGCUAAGUGACAUCUGAUGGAAUGCUUCCUGCAUUUUGUUACUUCCAUGUGGCACCGUGAAAGCACUGUCACUUAUCCCACUGAUUUGUGGCGGCCAGGAUGCAUUGUUCCUGGUGGGAGGGGGAAAGGAUGCUGCAGAAACUGCCUUGAGCCAAAAUAGAUGGUAAUCCUUCCUCAGAUCUUCUUCAGCUUUCCUCCCUCGUUAGCAUUUCAGAUUAAAUGUUCAGGCUUAUCUUCGGAUCAGAAAUGGGCUUCUUGAAGACUUCCAUUCAUCUCCCUUAAGGUUUUCUUAGUGUUCACACCUCAUUUUUACUCCUCAUUGUCAUGCUAAGGGCGCAGUGUUGACUUUCCUCUGGGAAUCUCGAUCUGCCAUCUUUAUAUGGCAGCAUAUUUAAAGCUGAGGUGUAGGCAGCUGUUCUAGAGCUUUCUGCAUCCGAAGCUUGUUAACUCACAAAGUAAAUGAGAGAGCACUUCCUGGCUUUAACUCACAACCAUGACUUUCUGUUAGCUAGUCCAUUCCAAGUCCUUUCCAAUGCUCUGUUUCAGCUGGAGAGAUGUUGGCAUUAUUUUUUGGAAUGAGGCAUGAAGAUUCAUGAUAAAACACAUUCUACUCUCUGCAGCAAUGGCCUGGGAAGCUUUGGUCCUUCUUUCUGAGCAACACUUGGUAAAUCCACAUGUUGGCAAAGCAGUGCUCCCGGUGCUCCUGGUGCUCCUGGUACUCCUGGUGCUCAGCCUGGCAUGGAACUGCUGGGGUUGUCUCAGAUGGGUGCCUUGGUUGCCUCUUCCGAGAAGCAGAAGUGCUCUUGGGACUUGCAGUACCCUGCUGCCCAAGCCAGCAGAUGGUGGGAUCUGAGACCUGAGUGACUUCUCCAGCUCCCAAAGUAAUAAACAGUGAUCGCCCUGCUCUAGUCUAAUUAAUAAUCAAUUGCCCAUCUCCUGUUCACUGUCAGCAGUCUGUUGGGUGACCUGCUGCUCUGUGUGGGUCCUGGUGACCCAAUUCUCACGCCUGGCCGGUGACCCACCCAGUGCUGGUGGGUACGACCAGAGCGCUGCAGGUCCAUCCAGUUCUGGCCUAACCAGCUGAUGGGCGCUCAGCUCUUGCUCCAGGCUGACCUUGUGCUGGGACUUCCCUUGAAGUAUUUCAUUUUUGCCUCGUGGCAGCGCCUGGGGUGGGCAGGAAUCACAGUUCAGUCAAGGCUCAGAGUGGAUGCACUGCCCAGCAACAGGGCUCACCAGCCUGCCCUGGCAAACAAAACACGUUUGUUUGCUGCUGAGGGCUUCCAGUUACUGCUUGGUCUUAAGAUGCUGUCAUUGCCAUGAGAUUAAUUUGGCCUAACUUCAGCCAGCUAAAAAUGACAGACUCGUUUUGAAGACAGUGUGUUACGAGCUCAGGAGCGAGCCGUCCUGUUGUGCAGGAAGAUCAGGAAACACAGCAGAAGCCAACGCGGUGAGGCAAGGAGCUUCCCAGUGGACCGAAGUGCGAAAAGAGAGAGGCAGAGAGCAAAAGGAAGGACGUGGUGACAAUGGGAAAAAGGCUCAUUCCUGAAAAAUGCAACAGGAAUCUGGGGAGCCGUGGAGCAGUCAGACUGUCCUUGGUCACUGAGGCUGUCCACUGGUAUCCAUUUACAAGUGUGUAAGGAUGAGUGAAUCAGGAAUAGUAGGCGCAGAUUUGUAGGGACAAAUUGUUUUUGAAAGCCACAACCUCAGGUUGGCUAUUAGGAGGAAUUUCUUUCCUCAAUGAGUGUUCAGCACUGCACAGCCGCCCAGGGGUGGUGGGGUCACCGUCCCUGGCGGUGUUCAGAGCCAUGGGGACGUGGCACUGAGGGACAUGGGCAGUGGGCAUGGGGUUGGGCUGGGGGUGAGUUUGGAGAUCUUGGAGGAGUAGAACAGUACCAAAUGAUUCUGUGGUUCUGUGGCCUCCUGUGGCGAUGGCUGUGGGGGCUGCCAUGGCUGUGGGGCCAUGGAGAGUUGUGGGCACCACUUCCUUCAGCAUUCCUGUUUGGAUGCUGGGGCAGCAUGGGGGCUGUUGGAGGGGUCAGGGCUGGGGGGCCACCAGCCUGAGGGGCUGAUGAAAGCCUCAUGGCCAACUGGCAGUUGAUGGCAGGGGGAGGGGGAUGUCUUGCAGUGUCUUGCAACCAUUUGGAGAAGUGCUGAGGCAGUAGCUAAGUGGUUCUGGAGACGAGCUGCAAAGCUAACGCUGGUACAGGCGUGCUCUGAAGGCAGCAGAAGCAGGUGGUCUGUGGUUCUGUGAUGGCAAGGUGCCUCCUGCAGCUGAUGGGGGGCAGGUCCCCCCCAGAGGGUGAUUCAGCCCGGCGCAGGCGGUGUGCCGGGAAUAGACCAGAAUCACCCUUUGGAGGUCCCAGUCACUUUCCACUGACUGUGCAGGGAGCUUAGGUGAUUAACUUUUAGCUGGCUAAAGAUAGUUCACAUGAAACCCCCACCCCAGUGACAUUUCUCCAGGCUAGUAUUACUGCUUAUCAGUGUCACUCGAGUUACACUGCAGCUGGCUCGGUGGCCGGCCGGCAAUCACAUCGCCUGUUGACUCAGAAACAUCACUGCUACUAUGGCAGUGGGUGACUGCAGAUCUCCUGUGCUGGCUGGGUGAGCCGUGGGCAUUCCUCCCAGCACUUGGAAGGCACUGCUCUGCUGUGAGAUGAGCUGUGCUUCGGUUGGCUGUAGGGAUGAGUUUGGUUUGAUCUCCACCAUCCUCAUACAGUUUUUCAUGGCACUGAGUGACAUGGUCAGUGGGCAUGGUGGGGAUGGGGGUGGGAUCUGUUGGCCUUACAAGGGUUUUUCCAGCCCUUGUGAUUCUAUGAUUCUCCCUUCUGUGCUGAUUUCCACAGCCCUGUGUCCUCCUGUAGGAAAUCUCUGCUCCCUGCAGCCCUGGUCUGAGUGUGGGCAUCCUCAGCCCUUCUGCAGCCGCUGUUCUGUGGCUGAGUUCCCCAAGCAGCUCAUCUGGGUAUCCCCAUCGUUUGUCACAGGAAGGACCUGUCUUUAAUUAGAGCCUCUUAUAAUGGUUCUGAAAUGGAGUGCAAUGCCAGACUCCUCAGUAAUGUCACGUAUGAAUUUAUUUCUUUUGCUUUUAAAAGGCAAAACCUGAAAGUACCCAGUAGAGCCUGAGCCUCACUGUGCCUGAGGUUGGAGCACAUCUCAAACCCUCCGACAACUGCAGCACCACCAGCGUCACUCCUGGCAGUGGCAUCUCGCUCACUUCCUGUCAUUUUUCACAAUUAGCAGUAGAAAGCUUUCAUUUCUGUGGGUUUUUUUUUUCUCUAUCUUCCUCCAUCAUCUCUGAAUACAGCCUCCUUUGUUUCAGCUGCCUGUGCACAGAGGCUGUCCCUGCUCUGCCCGCAGCCGGGUCUCCUCCGGUGCCACCUCCUCAGCAUCGCCAGGCGAGGCUUUGCCAGCU